GUUCUAGCGGAAACGGAAGGAGGCGUGUCCUUUCCCUCUACGAGCGAGACGGCAAGAUGAGGUGAGUCUGGGUGCUGUUUCGGGCCUUUGGGUUAUCCGUCGCCAUCCGCGCUUUCAGGGCUGUGUUCGAAGGGCCGCCAUGAGGCGGAGGUGGAAGGUGCUUCAGCGGGGCGAAUAUCGAGGAGGAUGGGCUCUGGCACGAGAGGCGUUCGCGUAGGAGAGGCUCGCAGGGAUUCAUGGCUGCCUUCGACGUGGCACCGUUCCCGCUCCUGUCAGAAAGUUAGAAGGGAUGUUUUUAGAGCCCGUAGCUACUCCUACAGGCUGUCAGAUCCAAGCAACACAGGGAGUCUCGACCUCUGAAAUGCCCUGAGUGAGGCUGAGGGUUGUAGGGCCGGCUUCCCUUCCAGGGCCUCGAUGUUGCAAAGAGAGCCCAUCCUGCCAGAGUCCCUGAAAAAGGCCUGAGUCCGAUGCGCUAACUUUUAUUCCCCAAACCCUGGAUAAGGAGUGUGGAGUGUGUAUAGACACACACAUUGUAAUACCAGCAUGUGUUGUAAUAUGAGACACAUGUGGUGUCACAUGUUCACAUUCACUUAGGAGAAGGGGAAUAAUAAACCCCAACGUCACAUAAACGCAUAGAGUACAUGGAUAUGCACGUGUACAACAUAGGGUGUGGACUUCGGGGGAAAAGGUUUUCUUAUGCCGGUUACCCUAAUUUGUGUAUCUUGUGAUGUUCAGGAGUGAUCUAGUUUAGCAGGUUUAUUUGAAUUGUAUUUUAGCAAAUGAAACUAGUUUUUUAAGAGGCUUCAUUAUUAGCAACUGGGAGGAAUGUACAAAUUUGCGAAGCCAUUUAUGAAUCCACUCAUGAAUAUACAAAAUCGCCUUUUUCUGAAAAUAUUCUGCCCCCAAUAACUUGCUUUUGUCACUUGUUGCCUUCUGCUUUUAGUCAUUGCUGCUGGCACCCAUUUCUGGCCAGGGAGUAUGUGUGCCAGGUCCAAAUGUCACAUUAGUCCUAAAGCAUUAACUGUAAAAGUCAAACCUAUGUCAAGAGUGCAUACUGAUUUACACAUUCUUUUUCAUUUCCCUUUCAACUGUUGGUAGAACAGUUGGUGCAUUACAGUAACAGUAGUAUGCACCCAUACCACCAUUCACAUGUUUAAAACUUGCUCUAGAUUAGGCUGGGCCUGUAUGUGGCCCAGCAGUUUUUGAUAGGAAAUGUUAGGGAUGUGAGAUUAAAGGAAGUGCUACAUCAGAAAGGCAUUAAAUGUAACACUUUCUUUCUUGAGUAUAAAGCAGUCCUAAAGCUUGAUAUGAACCCCAACUCUGCAGCCUAGUGGUUGAGAAAAUUAUACAGUACUUCCAAAUACUUUGCCAUUCCUGUCUUUAUGGCAGCCAGGAGGGGGAGGGGAUCAUGCCUCAAGUGAAAAUGGUAAAGGUACUGAAGUCUGUUCUUAGUCUUGGCACAGCUUUGAAUACUUAGGUAUUCAAGUCCUCUUAUUCGUAAUGUGUUAGCCAUCCUCUGUUUGUGGUUCAAGUGAUUAAGUCUAUGUGUUUAUUAACUGGGAACACCUUGUUUCAAGUAAUUUCUGCUUUGCCAGACUCAGUGAUUCAGGCAACAUUUCCUGUGUCCAACUUAGGCUGAGUGGCAAAAUCUAGAAUAGAACUAAGUGAUUAUUGCAGAUAGGUUGAUAUUAAACAGUGAGCAUGCCAGAAUGGGCACCCCCAAAUUUCACAAUUGCUGGGGGAAAUGGUUUUCGAAUUAACUCCCCUCUAUGAGCAGCGGUCAGGGUGAUGGGAGUUGUGAUCCAACGCAGCCCAUGGGCCGGAUGUGGCCCAUGACCAUUUUACCAGCCCACGAGCUGCCAUCCACUGCGUGGAUGUUUAGCACACUGUGCUAAACAGGUGCAGCACGGGGACCGAGCACAGCGCCAGUAAUCACUUCUGUGCAGGCGCGAUUUCUGGCGUUUCACCAGCCCGGUCCACAGGCAAUCUCCACAGGAGUGAUCCGGCCCAUGGCUGGUAAGCCUUGCCGACCCCUAAUCUAGAUGGCCACAGGUUUCCUAUUGCCCUAGCCUAAAUAAGCAUGUGCAACAUGGUUAUUUUUUUUCUUUAUUCUGCAGCAAAGUCUCCCGUGACACGCUCUACGAAGCCGUGAAGGAAGUCCUUCAAGGGAGUCAGGCAAAGACACGCAAGUAAGAAGUUUCCUGCACCUUCUUGUUCUGUGCACCACAUCAAAAAUACUUCUGUCUCUGAGAGCCCAAGCAAGAAAGUGGAGAUUUAAAAAGAACUUAGGUUGCAGAGAUUGCAUUCUGGCGCGCGCGCGCACACACACACACACACACACCUUCUUCUCAGCAGUAAAUCCACAACUUCUAUGGUUAUGCAGAGGGGUCCCAUUGAAAUUCAUGGGCCUAAGUUAGCCAUGUUUCCAAACUAGGGAAUAUGGCGGGAUGCUUUCUGCGCCUUUGGCAGAGAGGUCAAUGCAACGUUUAGCAGAUAGCUUGUACAAUGGUCCUUUAUUCCCUUUCUGUUAACUGAGGAGUGAAAAUAUGACCCAAGAGCAUGUGGCUUGGAAGUGCUGCAGCUGCUAGCAUUCGGUUGGCAGCAUUGUUGAAUCUUGUUUGCAUUAAAACUGGAAGGUGCUUCCCUUUGUCUUCUUGACAGUGUGAAUAGAGGCUUGCAGCUGUCCAAGCACAUCAAUUGUCCACUUUUCCUUUGUGAAUCAAGGGGAAAGACACUUGAAUAGCAUGGAGUUUGGGUAGCUGUUGAAAUUUAGGGGAAGCAACACAAGCUGCUCCCUCAAGGAACAACUGCAGCAACUUUGCCUAUAAAUUUAGAAGGAGGGAUUGGUGAUGCUUAACAGGAUGAUCAUCCAUCCCUUGGGACUCUAUAAUCAGUUACAGAAGUUGUAUUUGUUAAAUUUAUAAGGACUAGAAACAUUUGUUUUAUUUUGUAUGUGUUCAUGCAUAUCAGUGGAUCAUACUAUGAACAGCCACUCUUUAAAUUUCUGUGGUUUGCACUGUCUUAGUUUGUUUUGUUUUUGUAAAUAAUUGUAAACUACACUUUCAUAAGAACUAUCAUAAGGUAGUGUAGAACAUGAAACAAAAUGUUACAAUAAUAACAUCAGUAAUAGCAUGCCUAGAAAAUGGUUUUAAAAAAAGUUUCACAGGCCUGAUUAAGGUGUACAGUUUUUAAAAGAUUCCUGGCUCAUGCACCUUCCAAGAGCUGUAGAUUAUUCCUUGGGUGGGAGCAAAAGAGAAUAGGAUUGCUGUCUUUGCUUUUUCCACUGGCAGGAAAAUGAAGCUAAAAACAUACCCUAAUGCUAUAGUUGUACUGCUGGGUGAAUCCAGGAGCAAGAAUAAACAGUGCUGAAUAAUUGAGUAAUCAACAUGACAUCGUUUUACAGGAGCUUCUUGGUGAUAUAUACAUGUGAUUGAGCUGCAGAAGUUAGGAGAACAUAAGUAUCUUGCCCACCCACUUCUCAAAUAGUACUUGGGUGUACAGAUAAUUCAUCCGUUGCCUAACUGGUUUCUUUCUUUUCCUGUUUCUUUAGGUUCUUGGAGACUGUGGAGUUGCAGAUCAGUCUGAAAAACUAUGACCCACAAAAGGACAAGCGUUUUUCUGGCACUGUCAGGUUUGGCACUGUUCCUGUACCACCCAGCCUUCAGCCUGCACCCCUCUCCCUGUUACUUCAAGGCUCUUAAUUCAGCCUACCUACCCUGCAGCAUGUUGACUGAAAAGUACAUGGCAGCUGGAUGCAAUGCUGAAUUGCCCGGGUAGUUCAGAUCCCCCUGCUGCAAAGUAGGUGUGGCUGGACGGACCCCUACCCUGGGUCUUAAAACAUGAGGGAAGGUGUGGUGAAGCUCUUCUGCUGAUCCCACCGAUCACUUUAUGAAGCCAGAUUAGACGCUGGUGGGCGAAGACGUUCUAGUUGGCUGCGGUAAGGCUUUUCAGCCAUUGUGCAGUGCAUCCCUUUAGCGUUUCAUAUCACUGGCGGUUGUGAGGUGGCUAGCGGUGAUUCUUCCUUUUCCUCUUCCACCAGGCUCAAGUCUGCUCCACGGCCUAAAUUCUCAAUCUGUGUAUUGGGGGACCAGCAGCACUGUGAUGAGGCCAAAGCUGUUGACAUCCCUCACAUGGACAUAGAGGCUCUGAAGAAACUUAAUAAGAACAAGAAGCUUGUAAAGAAACUAGGUGAGCAAAAUUGGAAGAGGGCUUCUGAAGUACCAAGGAUAUUGUACAACAUCAGCAAAUAAGAAUUAGCAUGUUGGACAUAACGGUCAAAGUUUCCCUUUUUUCAAGAGAAAUUCUCUUAUUCCGAAUAGGAUUCCUCGCAAGAAAAGGGAAAAGUUGACAGCUAUGAUGUAGGAGUAGCUAAAUAUAAGGCAGGGUUAAGAUAGCCUUGGUCUUUCAAGCAGAAAAUGCCUUAAUUGCACCUAGGCAAAAACCUUCCCCCACCUAUCAUAGAAUUGGAAAGGUACCCCAAGGAUCAUCUAGUCCAGCCCUCUGCAAUGCAGGAAUAUGCAGCUGUCCCCUACAGGGAUCAACCCUGCAACCUUGGCACUAUCAGUGCUGUGCUCUAACCAACUGAACUAUCUGCAUAUUCUGGCUACCAUCAGAGAGCGUGUCUUUUUUAUCCAGUGCUGUCAAUACACAGAAAAAUUUCCACUUGUGCAGUGUUGCUGCCGCCACACACCUCCAUAAUCUGCUCCAGGCGGUUGGGAGAAUUGUGGAACAGAAUUUGGAAUUGUGCUGGGUAAGGAGAGGAUGCUGAAAUCUUGUGUGAACUAAAAUCUGCCAAGCAACGUUGGAUUUUUUUGUUUGGUAGUGCUUGCUGUCAAAAGUGGGGAAACGUAACCAUGAUCACUGUCUCCCACAUAACAUUAAAGCCAGCCACUCUAUGCCUUGUUUUCCUAGAAAAGGAGGAGCAAAGCUGAGAUAGUUCAAGCUCUGUGCACCAGCACAGAGCUCUAACACACAUGCCAACUUGCCUUACCACAGUUUGCAGCUAGCAUUAUGUGCAGACAUGGCUGCUAUGUUGCGGUAACUUGUGAUUUCUGAGCAUCUUAUCUAACUGGUGCAGCAAGAAUGCUCAGAAGUCUUGUUGUGCAAACAAAACUCCUUACAUAAGCCUUUGGAUUGAAGGCUUUGUUUUCAUGAUCUGUAAAUUAAAUUUUGUCAUACAGUUGAAAAUGACCUAAAGAAUAUGGAACCCAAACUGCUUCUCUUGGGAUCCUGUUGGAUAUGGUUAGGUUAGUUCUCGUUUUCAUUUCAGGUUUUAUUUAACCUCUGGUUUGAAUUUCCCUUAAAAAGUAGGUGUAUACAAGGAAAGUAUCUCAUUGGUGGUUUUUGAAGAUGUCUGCUUUGCAAGCUUUUGAGGUGAGCCUCAGAUGGUCUUGAUGCUCAUCCUUCUGUUUUUUUACAGCCAAGAAGUAUGAUGCUUUCUUGGCCUCUGAGUCCCUGAUCAAGCAGAUUCCUCGAAUCCUGGGGCCAGGACUGAACAAAGCUGGCAAGUUUCCUUCUCUCCUCACUCACAAUGAGAACAUGGUGGCAAAGAUCGAUGAGGUCAAAUCCACAAUAAAGUUUCAAAUGAAAAAGGUAAUUUUCUUUUAAUUGCGCAAGUAUUUCCAUUUUCUGAUGUAGUACUGAAGCUAAAGAACUUGAUAGUCAUCUUUACUUGACUGAAUUUGGUUGCAUUUCCCUGGGUAAGGUUUAUUUACAGAUACACAAAUCUGGCUUAUGAAUGGCUGAAUUUAGGGUACUAUUGUACUCCUAUAAGGCCCACAAAAAGUCUCUGUUAAUAUCCCUUCAAAAAUCCACAAUACAGAAGGAGACUUCUUCCAUCUCAGUUCCUGAUUGCACUGGCUCAGUCUCUCUUGUUGUUAAUUAGAUUUAUAUACUGCCCUUCUCUCAAAAGAUCUCAGAGCAGUUCACAAAAUAGCACCCUUCCUUAAAGUGGUGAAAAAUAACUUGUCUCUGUCAUCAAAUUCAGUGGUAGCUGAUGCAGGUUCCUUUUCCUGCUCAGUGAGGCAGGUGAUUGGUGGUAGUUUUGCCUUUUUCAUUUUGUGAGCUUAUUCUGCUCUUUUAGAUGUAGCAACCAUUUUGUGUUGUGUUAUGCCCUUGUGGCGGCCAUUUUGUGACUGGCCCACAGUGUUCUCUAGAGUUUAUUCCCUAGUAACUAUUUAGGAAUUCAUGCUGUGUGAGCCAUUGUAGUUUGCUGUGUAACAGAACAGGAUAAGUACAGCGGUACCUUGGUUCUCGACUUAACCCAUUCCGGGAGUCUGUUUGACUCCCGAAGCGGUUCGAAAACCAAGGCACGGCUUCUGAUUGGCUGAACGAGCUUCCUGCAUUCAAUCGGAAGCCGCGUCGGAUGUUCAGGUUCCAAAAAGCAUUCGCAAACCAGAAUACUCACUUCUGGGUUUGGGAGCAGAUUUGUUCGGGAGCCUAGCCAUUUUAGUACCAAGGUACCACUGUAUUGGGACGACCCAUCUCUCCCCCCGCCCAAUAUUCUGCUCACUUGGGUGAGGCCUUGCUGUAAGACUUGUGGCAUUUGGGAUAACAACUUGAAUGGAUUUUUUGUAUGCUUGUGUUUUCCCAAACCCUAACCACUUUUAUCUUAUUGAGACAACUGAAUGAGUAAAUACUUUAUUGUGUCCUCUCAGGUGCUCUGUCUGGCUGUGGCUGUUGGGCAUGUGAAGAUGACUGAGGAUGAGUUAGUCUACAACAUUCAUCUGGCCAUCAACUUCUUGGUCUCUUUGCUGAAGAAAAAUUGGCAGAAUGUGCGGGCCUUGUACAUCAAGAGUACCAUGGGGAAACCCCAGCGCCUUUACUGAUGAAAAUAUAAAUAUUUUUGACUACCUUAACAUGUGUGGAUUUUGGCCUUAUAAAAGUCCUAGUACCUGGAAUCUCUGAAUACCUUUUCAGUUUAAGCAGAUUCCCCUGAAUUGUCUUUUUCUGUUAAGCAGAUUCCCCUGCAUGCUAACAGUGUUGGGAAUGCACAGAACACUUGAAAAGGCCAAGGACUGGUAGCACACAGGUCCUUUCCAGCAUGAAAAAUGCCAAGGGGUUUGGAGAUAGAGCAAUUGUUACUUAUUUGAUUUAUAUACUGCCCUUACAAGAUCUCAGGGUGGUUCACAGGAUAAAAAUGCAAUGCAAAAGCACAAAUAGUUAAAACUAAAACAACAAAAUAAGGACACCCCCUGAAAAAAAUAACACAUUUAAAAGGCUGUAGAAUGAGAAGAGGAACAUUUUUGUCUGGCACCUAAAGAUACAUAAUGAAGGCAUCAGACAAACCUCCCUGGGGAUAGUGUUUCAGGAAGCUGCUGCAUAGAAGGCCCAUUCUUGGGUUGCCACCCUCCAUGCCUCUGUACUGUGGAGGAGGCACACAAAGAAGGACCUUGUAUGAUGAAUGCAUGGUCUGGGUCGAUUUAUAUGGGUGGAGGUGGUCCUUGAGGUAUUUAGGUUCUGUGCCAUUGGGAGGCUGAGGGUGGGAAAGGAAGCUGCCCUAUACAGAGUCAGACGAGAAUAGCCCAUCUAGCUCAGUAAUAUAUUUACUGAUUGGCAGUGGCGCCAGGAUUUCAGAGGAUGGAGAAUGUUCUCCUUUCAAGAAGAGGAAAGAUGGGGAUAGGAUGUCCUAUAGUUUGUUACUUCCCAGUAGCCAAACUCACCUGAGCUGCUGAAGGCACCCAAUUUUGUGGGCUGAAGCUUUUCUGCCCACACUAUGGAGCAUAGAGUACCAUAUUUUUCUGUCUAUAAGAUGCCCCCUAUUUUGGGGGACUCAGAUAAUGGGAGGAGAUGGCCCAGUGUAUAAGACUUCCCCUAAUUUUUUGACAUUUUUUUAGGGCAAAAACCUAGUCUUGUACUUGGAAAAAUUUAGUUUCAUGUUGCCAUGAUCGAUAUGAUAUACUUACAAUUUACUCCUAAAAUUUGGUUUCCAAAUUCCUAAUCGUCUUGGUUGCUUUCAUCUGGACACACUCCAAUUGCUCAAUGUCCUUAAAAUGUUUCCAGAAGAGGACAUGCAGCCUGACCAGUGCAGAAUAGAAUGGAAAUAGUAUACUAGUGAUCUGGACAGUAGGUGAUAACCAGCUAAGUUAUACUCUGAGUAGACCCAUUGAAAUAAACUUACUUGUUAAUGGGUCUACUCUUUUAACUUUGAAUAUUUUAUUUACAGUAUUUUUAGCCUCUUCAUUUGAGUAUUUUCAGUUUCAGAACGGAACAAAGUAAUAAACGGGGACGGGGGGGAUACAAAAAUUACAAAAUCAUACUGACUGGUCCAAUAAACUAAUUAACUUGUCAUAAGAUGAGCAAAACUACAAUGACAAAAAUUAAAAUUUAUACUCUUUCUAAAUAGGUAAAAAGCAAAUUCAGGACAUUCAAAUAUGAAGCAACCAGUGGGCUUGGCAACAACAGUUCCAGCCUCAUUUUUCACUUAGGGCAGCCCGCUGUGUGCCAGCAGCCUCUCACUGUGGCUUUGGAGCAACUUAACACCUUUUACUUUGUAGAAGAAAAAAGAGUCUUCAGAAUCAGUUUAGGGUUUAAAAUUGGCAAGAUCUCUGCAAAGAAAUACCGCUUUGCAGAAUUACAAUGACCCAGCAAGAUAUUUUUCCGCUAAUCAGAAAGCACUCUGGCCUAGGUAGAUAUUUACACAAAUUUGUAAUACAGUGCAGUCACAGCAAAAAUUCAAAUUCGUAGUAAAAUGGGUGGGGGUGUUUCCUGCUCCAAGGGUUCUUUGUACACAUGAAAAUUGUGUACAUUUGGCCUCUGUGCCAAGUGGGCCUUUCUUUAUGUGGCUUGGGGUUAUUUGCUCAAAGUCCUGACAUACGUACAGUGUCUAUAUCCAUGCUAUGGAACAGAUGGUACAGUACUGUGAAAAUAAAGAGUUUUGCAGACCUCAGCAAGACACUGAAAAUCUGAUGGAUGUUUGGGGAAUGCAGGUUCUACAAAUUCAUAAAAUUAUUGUAUCGUAACUACAUCCAUAACUUUUAAAUAACAGAUUUGAUGAUAUCAAAUCUUAGUCAUUUAUUUUAUAAAAUACUGUGAAUAUAUUUCACAAUGCUGUCAGGUUUUUUUUAGAAUUCAGACUGGAAUAUGCAGAUCGAAAUAUGAGCUCAAUGCACCUUUGUAGUUUGUGUUCAGAUUCAUGCCUAUGUCGGAAGGGAGAUUACCCAAGGUCUACUUUUGAAAAUGCAAUCCCUUAUGAUUAAAUUUGAUACUUUGCAUC